GGUCUAUCAUCAUGGUAUCGGAGCGUCAGUUGGGUGCGGAGUGUUCAGCAAACAUGACAUCCACGAGAGCGCAAGAGAAGGAAGAGAAAGCUGACGACAAGGCAGUGGCAUCAACCGCAGUCUUGAAGGCAGGAGACGCGGCGAAAGGGGCCAAGGCGACGCAAGCCAAGGAGAAGGUGCUGAUUCAACCGCCACGCGACGGAGAAUGCGUCGAGGAGCCGGACUGCGCUGAAGUUCACACGGAGAUGUUCAAGGUCUCCAUGAUGCAAGGAAACCUAGAGGAAAGGCUGAAGGAGGUUAACCGUUCCAUCCACCAGUUUGUAGAAAAAGUGAGGUUAGCUGGUGAAAAGGCUAACGCAAACACAUACCAGAUGGUGUCGGUCCAGUUGUUUGGGAAAUUGUCCUCGGAAGAGAGCAUCGAUGCAGGCAAGGAGGCUAGAGCGCCGCCGAGGUGGAGCUCGUGGUGGCCGUGGCUAAGGAGCAAGGAGGUCGCGACCAAAGGGGUCGUAGCGCGACUGUGGCGGAGGAGGAGCAAGCGGCGGAAGAGUCGACCGUCGAUGUCCUCGCGUCCUGAUAAGCUGCGAUGGGGACUCACACGACUUCAGUUGCACGAGAGCCAGGGCUAGGAGAUGGGCUACUGUCAACUCCCUCUAAGCAAGAGAUUGCGACGGCACAGAAGGAAAAAUCAAAGAUGGCUAGGUAU